CUGGCCUGAGCCCUGUCUCUGAGCCUCUGUCUGGCUGGCUGCUGUCCUGUCAUCGCUCUGGGUGUGGUUUUUUUUUUUUUUUUUUUUUGCAGCAGGGGUACCGUUAGCAGGAAAUCAAGCUCCCACUCUGCUAUACUUUAAGGCGAAACAAAGAGAAACCCUCCCUGGAGCGCAGCUUUGAAAAUAAAAAAAAGAAGCUUUGUGUAGUGUAGCGAAAAGUAUCAUCGACCCGGGAGGGCGUUUACUUGGUGCCGUGUUCUGAUGAGAAAAAGUUUUCCCAACUAGUCAGCUGAUUUAACAAGUUUAAGGAAAAUCUGUGCAGAAGGCUAAAAAGACGGGAAAGAUGCCGAAAACGGUCAGUGUGCGUGUUAUCACGAUGGAUGCUGAACUGGAGUUUGCCAUUCAGCCCAGCACAACGGGGAAGCAACUCUUUGACCAGGUGGUAAAGACCAUUGGACUAAGAGAGGUUUGGUACUUUGGACUUCAGUACCAGGAUACAAAGGGUUUCUCUACCUGGCUGAAGCUCAAUAAGAAGGUGACAGCCCAGGAUGUGAGGAAGGAAAACCCGCUCUUUUUCAAGUUCCGUGGCAAGUUCUUCCCUGAGGAUGUAACGGAGGAGCUGAUCCAGGAUGCCACGCAGCGGCUCUUCUUCCUGCAGGUGAAGGAGGCGAUCCUCAACGACGACAUCUACUGCCCCCCGGAGACGGCGGUGCUCCUGGCCUCCUACGCCGUGCAGGCCAAGUUCGGCGACUACAACAAGGAGGUGCACACGUCGGGCUACCUGAGCAGUGAAAACCUGCUCCCUCAGAGAGUACUGGAUCAGCACAAACUCAACAAAGAGCAGUGGGAGGAGAGGAUUCAAGUGUGGCAUGAAGAACACAAGGGCAUGAUGAGGGAGGAAUCCAUGAUGGAGUACCUGAAGAUCGCCCAGGACCUGGAGAUGUAUGGAGUCAACUACUUCAACAUCAAGAACAAGAAAGGAACUGAGCUGUUUCUGGGAGUGGAUGCUCUGGGUCUCAACAUUUAUGAACAGAAUGACAAAAUGACGCCCAAAAUUGGAUUUCCUUGGAGUGAAAUAAGGAACAUUUCCUUCAACGACAAGAAGUUUGUCAUCAAACCAAUUGACAAGAAAGCACCAGACUUUGUAUUCUACGCUCCGAGGCUGCGCAUCAACAAACGCAUCCUGGCUCUGUGCAUGGGCAACCAUGAGCUGUACAUGCGCCGCCGCAAACCCGACACCAUUGAGGUGCAGCAAAUGAAGGCGCAGGCUCGGGAGGAGAAGAACCACAAAAAGAUGGAGAGGGCUCUGUUGGAGAACGAAAAGAGGAAAAGAGAGGUCGCAGAAAAAGAGAAGGAAAAGAUUGAAAAAGAGAAGGAGGAGCUGAUGGAGAAAUUGAAGCAGAUUGAAGAUCAGACCAAAAAAGCCCAACAAGAGCUGGAGGAGCAGACUCAGAGGGCUCUGGAGCUGGAGCAGGAGAGGAAGCGUUCUCAGGAGGAGGCCGAACGUCUGGAAGCUGAGCUGAAGGGAGCUGAGGAAGCCAAGAUGGCGCUGCUGCAUCAGUCAGAGAACCAGAUGAAGAACCAAGAGCACCUGGCCACAGAGUUGGCUGAACUGACUUCAAAGAUCUCCCUCCUGGAGGAUGCUAAGAAGAAGAAAGAAGAAGAGGCAAUUCAGUGGCAGGAGAAGGCCACCACAGUGCAGGAGGACCUGGAGAAGACCAAAGAAGAGCUUAAGAACAAAGUGAUGGCGGCGCACGUCCAGGAGCCACUUAAUGCCGAGAAUGAGCAUGACGAGAAUGACGAGAGCAGCGCCGAGGCUAGCGCCGAGUUCACGGCUGCGGCGACGUACAAGGACCGCAGCGAAGAGGAGCGAAUGACCGAAGCCGAGAAGAACGAGCGUCUGCAGAAACAUCUGCUUGCUCUGAGCUCAGAGCUGGCCAACGCCCGAGAUGACACCAAGAAGACGGUGAACGACGUCAUCCACGCGGAGAACAUGAAAGCCGGACGCGACAAGUACAAGACCCUCAGACAGAUCCGGUCGGGCAACACCAAACAGCGCAUCGACGAGUUCGAAUGCAUGUGAUGCGCUCGAUCGGCAACGCAAAACGGGCCCCGCUCUGGCCGGGGCCCUGCUGCUUGGACUGCAGUCCUGCCUCACUCAAGCUGUUUCUUUUUUGUUUUGUUUUUUUGUUUUUUUCUGUACACAAGCAAAAUCUGAUCAACGUGACGUAGCUGCAAAAAGCACAGCACAUUGUACAAAUAUGGAUGUGGACAAUUCCAACUGUUUUUAUUUCUAAAUUAGAAAUUUUGGCAAGUCACUGGUUGUAAAGGGACAUACUGUAUUUUGGUAGUGCACUCCUGAUAGGGGAAGGGGCUAUGUAGCAUAUUAGCAAAGGCCUUAUGCCUGUAUUAUGACUCAUUGAGCAAAGAUCGUUUAGUUUCUUUAUAUAUUUUCUGUCACUAUUUUAAAAUGAAGGCUUAAAUUUGGCACUGCUUGGAAUCUGAUUUGCAGGCAUACUUUUGCUGUCAUCAUGCAAUAGUUCUUCAUAUCAGGCUGGAUUAUCUUUUUUUGAUUUGACACGAGGCUUCUCCUCCGUGUUCAGCACACGUGCAGUUUGCAUCUUUGUCUAUGAGGAGCGUAAUAAAGCAGUAUUAUUUUUUUUUACUAUUUCGUUGAUUUUUCAUUUGUCUGCAUUCAAAAUCUGCCAACUAUUUCAAAAUCGAUCAUCAGUAUUUACUACCCAAUCCAUAAUAAUGUGAUAUUAAAGAUUUAAAUACCAUUUCAAACA